GAUCGUGUGUGACACCGCAAGUAGUUAAUCGCCUCCUAGACGUGGCCCCCCUAAACCCCACGCGCAACUGCAGAAGGCACGCCACAUUUCUAAACCCCGGCGAGCAAAGCCGCCGCGGCAGUCACCGGAACCCGCGCCGCCCGCCUGAUGGGGAGCAGGGUGGCCGCGGCGCUGCUCCGGCGGGGCAGGGAACAGGCGUCCGCCCUGCUGGCGCCUCGCCUUCCGAGGAGCGCUCCCGCUCUGGCCCCGCCUAGGGUUGGGCCCACUUCCUCCUCCUCCGGCGGCGGCGGCGGAGGCUGCCUCCUCCCGCCGAGGCCGGGGCCAGCAGGGGCCUGCUCCACCGCUUCCCGGCUCGCCUCCUUCCACGCCUUCCGCUCCUUCGCUCCGAAGACCUUGUUCGGCCAAUGCACAAGAAAAAUGUCAACUACUGUGGCAGCACUGAAUUCAACAGUGGCCAGUGGAGCAGCAAAUUCAGGAUUGAAGUUGCUUGUUACAAAAGGGCCACAAGCCCAGAAGGCAGUUGGGAUAUGGCUCUUUGGGUGUGCUGCCUGGGUGUUCAGCUUGGUCAUACUCGGAGGGAUUACUCGCCUCACACGUUCUGGGCUGUCAAUGACUGACUGGAAGUUCACAGGCGAAAUACCUCCAAUGUCAGACGCUGCGUGGCAGUUGGAAUUUGAGAAAUACAAGCAGUCUCCUGAGUACAAGAGGGUGAACAAAGGAAUGAGCCUUGAAGAUUUCAAAUUUAUAUACUGGAUGGAGUAUGCACACAGAAUGUGGGGAAGGGCUUUGGGCUUUCUAUUUGCGGGUCCUUUUGCAUACUUUAUUGCAAAAGGGUAUGCUACCCGCCAACUUGGGCUCAGGCUUUCGGCACUUUUUGCACUUGGUGGUGCGCAAGGACUGAUUGGCUGGUGGAUGGUGAAAAGUGGUCUUGAGGAACCAACAUCUGAGUAUGUUCAGCCAAGGGUUAGCCCUUACAGGUUGGCAACUCAUCUAGCCUCUGCAUUUGCUAUCUACUGUGGUAUAUUGUGGACUGCUUUGUCAGUAGUGAUGCCAGAUCCUCCAACCGGUUCAAUGAGUUGGGUAAAUGGUGCAGCAAAAAUUAGGAAGUUGGCAAUUCCUGUCAGUGCUGUCGUAGGCAUUACAGCCAUAUCUGGAGCAUUUGUUGCAGGCAAUGAUGCAGGGCAUGCAUACAAUUCAUUCCCAAAGAUGGGUGACACCUGGAUUCCUGAAGAUGUGUUUAGCAUGGAGCCUUUCGUACGCAAUUUUUUUGAGAAUACAUCUACUGUGCAGCUCAAUCACCGAAUCCUUGCAACAGCCACAUUAUUGUCUGUGGGUGGAUUAUGGCUGGGUGCCAGGAAAAUUGACAUGCAUCCAGCAAUCAAGUCUCUGAUCGGGAGCACAUUUGGAAUGGCUGCUCUUCAGGUUACGUUGGGCAUAUCUACACUGUUGAUGUAUGUUCCUACCUCCUUGGGCACAGCGCACCAAGCUGGAGCAUUGACUCUAUUGUCACUGAUGAUACUUCUUACUCACACAUUAAGAAGGCCAUCACCAGCUCUUCUUAAAUCACUUGCAACUGCUGUGAAAUCAACCUGAUACUAUGCCUUGAAAAUCUUUCAUCCGACAAUUUACCCUACUAACAUGAAUCGGUGCCCUAGUUUCUUCGCACUGCCUGACUACUGAAACUUUUUUGCCGGGAAAAAGUAUGUUACUAUUUUAAUAAAGUGUUGUUAACGUUUUACAGUGCCAAAUAUUAGAAACAUUUCCAGACUCUUUCUUCAUAUUCUAACAUUUCCUUUCUGGCACAUUCUGUUUUGAGCUGUGAGCUCUUGUAGUCUUGUACCAAUGGAAGCGGAUGGAUUUGUACCCUGAGAUUAUACGCCAGCCACGGUUCCCUUGUAUUCUUAUGUACCAGGCCAAGGCUGAUCUGGAUCCUAGAUGUUUAUCUGAUUGAUCACAGCGCAUUUGGCUGUAACGAAGCUUGCCCAUGUUGAUGUCUUCAGAAUUUUAGAUUGUAUAUAAUGGAAUACCUUAUGUGAUUAA